AUACGUCACGCGACGUCACGUAGUUACGUCGAACUUCCAUGGAGUUUCAAUUUAUUUAUAGAACAACUUGUGUGUGUGGACUGAAGUGGUUGGAGGAAGUUUUAGGUGCCGACGGCGUGGCUAAAACACUCGUGAAUAAUUCAAGGCGAUAUUAACCGAGUCCCGAACGAGUCGUGCGUGAUACAAAACUGUGCGGUACUUAAUGUUAAGAAGAUUACAUAUUAUUCUGACAUUCUACGCGAGUCUGAUAUAGAAAAUCCGGUUUUAUUCAAUUUUAGUGCGCGACAUUGUUUGGUUUUUCAAAAUUGAUACGUUUUAGGUAGUAGAUAGAAGAUUUUAAGUGUAUUGACGACCCUGUGUGUGUAAUACAGUUAAUAUACGAAACUAGGUAAAACAUGUUGGUUUUUAAAUAUAACAAUACAUAUAAGUGAUAAUAUUUAAAUUGGAAUGAUUUAGUGUAAUAAUAUAAAUAUACUUAUGUAGUGUAAUUAAUAACCUAGUUACAACGCAAAAAAUUUGAUGCCUGAAUUAAAUAAAUAAAUUAAAAUUAAAUUAAUGAAACUCAUUAAAAGGCGGUGAAACAUUAAUAGAAUACUCGUAUUAUAAUAAUAUUUUAGUAACUCAGAGUGUAAACGUUAAUACUAAAUCAGAUUCAAAAAACGCACAUAAAAAACAAAAGAGAGCAUUACACAAUGGCGCCAAAUCAAAAUGGCCGCGUGCUAAACAAGAUGGCGGGGUAGUGCAGUGAAGAUGGGCGUGUUGAGGACGUUGACCCGCCACGUGGCGCUGGUAGUGGUGUCGGCGGCGCUGGUGCUUGCGACUGGGGAGUGGAGCGAGGAUGCUGAGGAUCUUGUAUCAACGGUGGAUGUGGACGCAGUGCUUGGCCGGACGGCGUCACUGCCGUGCGACGUUUCACCGGAUGCCGGAGAAGACCGUGUGUACAUGGUGCUUUGGUUCAGGAAGGCUGGGGGGAAACCUAUAUACAGCUUCGACGUGCGCGGUCGUUCGUUCAACAAGGCUCUUCAAUGGUCGGACCCGCACAGUUUCGGGCCGCGAGCUUAUUUCGCCACAGUAGCGCGGCCGGCGGCGCUUACGCUCAGCUCCGUUCAGUUAGAUGACGAAGGCACCUAUCGCUGCCGCGUCGACUUCAAGAACUCCCCGACCAGAAAUUUUCAGAUACGACUCACUGUCAUAGUGCCUCCACACCAGAUGCUGUUGUACGACAAAUCGGGGGCAGACGUAUCAGGGGUCGUAGGACCUUUAGAAGAGGGCUCAGCCUUAGUUCUGGUCUGCGAAGUAAGGGGUGGUCGCCCAGAACCCGUAGUAUCCUGGCUGAUUGAUGGCUUACCAGCACCUCAAUACAUCGGCGUGAAGACGGACACACACGUAGUAGUCAACCGGUUGGAACUCCAACACUUGAAAAGAGAAGACUUAAAUACCACUUUCAAAUGCCGAGCAGCAAAUACUCAUCUCGUACCACCACAGGAGAAGACUGUUAGGCUGGAAAUGAAUCUGUCUCCAAUAUCGGCGUCGCUCGUCAAUCGACCACAGCAACUCAUCGCCGGUGCAGCCUCAACGUUGAGAUGCGUUGCCGAGGGCAGUCGACCACCGGCCCAGAUCACCUGGUUCAAAGACAAUAGGAGUCUGGAGAGGGAAAAGGUCAGCGACCACUCAAACGAAACGUGGUCGGUCAGCACGCUGGUGUUCACACCAUCUCCAGCAGAUAACGGCGCGGUGAUCAAGUGCAUAGCGGCCAACCCGGCGCCCUCGAAGGCCAUUGAUGAUCACGUCCAGCUCAAUAUUGUAUACAGUCCGCUGGUGACCCUCACGCUGGGCAGCACGCUCAACCCCCACGACAUUAAGGAGGGGGACGAUGUAUACUUCGAGUGCAACGUCAAGGCCAACCCGAGAGAACACCGGAUCACGUGGUUUCAUGAUGACCGACCAGUAUCCCAAAACAUGACGUCAGGCAUCAUCGUCAGCACCCGGUCCCUGGUGCUUCAGAAAGUGACGAGACAGGAGGCGGGUGCGUACGCUUGCAAAGCUGCCAACGCUCGGGGAGAAACGUCGAGCGAAGUUGUGCCUUUAUUAUUGGGUUAUGCCCCAGUAUGCGCAGAAUCAUCGCCACAAGUGGUAGGAGCAGCGUUGGACGAAGCGUUGCAUGUACGCUGUUCAGUUCACGCGGACCCUGCUGACGUCAACUUUAUAUGGGAAUUCAAUAACAGUGGGGAAAGCUUUAACGUGUCUCCUGCGAGAUAUGGUGCAGUGAACAGUAGUAUAAGUGAGCUGCGAUACACACCGGCGAGUGAGAGGGACUAUGGAGCCCUAACGUGCCGGGGGACCAACAGCGUCGGUGUCCAAGCCAAACCUUGUGUCUUCCAAAUUGUGCCAGCAGCGAAACCCUCACCACCUCGCAACUGCACCGUUUCCACUGGCAACGGUUCCAACUGGAUCGAAGACUCUAGCCAAGACGUCGGCGACAGUCUCGUGAUCCGUUGCGUAGCGGGUUUUGAUGGAGGCUUACCUCAGCUUGUAGUCCUAGAGGCUGUUGAUAUCAGCAGUGGAAAGUCACGAUUCAUCGUCACUGCAAAUGAAACUGAUGGCGUGGCGAUAUUCCUAGUGCCGAUCGGGGCGUUAUGGUCGAUCGGUGGCAGCUUGCAACUGACAGUCCAUUCCAGAAACGACAAGGGGAACUCCGAUCGGAUCACCCUGCAUUCACUUGCAUACCGAGAUCCUGAAAGAAGAACUGAUGGCGGUAACAGCAUCAUGGCGGGAGUAUCCGCUACUACGUUCUGGGCGAUCACGCUCACUUUAGUCGUCGGGACGUGUGCUGCCAUCUUCAUCGCGUUUUUGCUGAGGAGAAAAAAGGCAUCAUUACCAACAAAACAACAGUCACCCGAGCUGCAACUGAACGCGGGAGAUGGGCAGUACGUGGUAGCAUACACGUUAAAACCGCCUAAGCAAGCGCAGCCCGAUAUAUUGAAUCCACCGCCUGAUGGCGAUACACUUCCAAAGCGAUGUACAGAAGCAGUGAAGAAUGGUGCGUUACGGGAUGAGUGGCCGACGGGAGAGCGUGCGAGCGCACCGCUAGACGAGCCGCGUACGUUAAUUUCACCAAUAGCAGCACCAACCAAAUCUGGUACCACAACGCUUAGUAGGAGAGAACAUCUUAUAGCGGAAGAAAUUCCAGGUCCAGAAAGUUGUGUAUAGACAAUCAUUAUAGGACCGGCCACAUUAUUUAACGCAGCGUUUACGCAACGACUACAUAUUUCGUCGUCUAUUUUGUUGAAUGUUGCGGCAAAAUAUUAUGGUCGAUCCCUAAUAGCGAAUAUUUUUAACGAAUUUUGUACAUAGUAGCAAAUGUAGGUAUGUAAUGACUGUCAAAUUGUGAUAAAGAUGAUGUAAAUAUUGUAAAAUGAAGGUAUAAAGAAAGAUUAAAAGUGAUGCCAGGCUA